AUGCGCAUGCCCGCCAUGUCGCCUACCAUGACGGAGGGUGGUAUCGCGGGAUGGAAGAAGCAGGAGGGGGAGAGCUUUGCGGCUGGGGAUGUGUUGUUGGAGAUGGAGACGGACAAGGCGACCAUUGACGUCGAGGCGCAAGAUGAUGGGAUAAUGGGCAAGAUCCUCGUCCAAGCAGGCGCCCAAAAAGUCCCAGUCGGACAAGUAAUCGCUCUUCUCGCGGAAGAAGGGGACGACCUGGCAUCUAUCGAAGUACCCUCGGAUCUCUCCCCGCCGGGUGCGGAAGCACCCCCUCCCAAGGCGGGCGCGAGCGCGGAGAAGAAGGCGGAAGUGCCAAAGAAGGCCGAGGCUUCUUCUUCCACACCACCGCCGGCAAAGACGGAAGCGCCAAAGAAGGAUCAUGAUGGACAUAAAGUGGUCAAGCAUUCGAAACCGCUCUUCCCUUCCGUGAUGAGAUUACUACUCGACUCCUCCCUUACUUCAGCACAGAUCGCAAAGCUGAAAGGAACCGGCCGCCAUGGGAUGCUUACGAAGGGCGACGUCCUCACUGCCAUGGGAAAGAUCAGCAACCCGUACGGAAGCGCCGAGAAGAUGUCGACGGACGCUAUGGGGCCGAGUGGGAAGCGUGCGAGCGAGUCCAAGGCUACCGCACCAGCUAGCAAACCAGUCAAGGAGGAUCCCCUUGAUGGCCCCGCCCUUCGCCGGCUCAUCCUCGCCGGGAUGUCCAAAGCCACUCAGCCCUCCACACCACUCAUUGAUCACUCUCACUCCUCUCUCCCCCUUUCCCAUGACUCGUUUGAUGAGAUCCUCUCCCCAUAUUCGUCCUUGCUGCCUCCGGCACAACCGCGCGUGGGUAUUCCGGGCGCUGGGGAAUUGGCGGCCAUGGAGGGGAAGGGAGCGGGGAAGACAGACGAGUGGGCGGGGUUGUUCUAG